UCUGGGUCGACGAGAAGCUCCAAAAGAACUGCUUGAUGGUGCUUCCCAGGGCAAUGGACAUCGAGGGGGGCGAUAGAGACAUCACCUGGCGGUGGACUCAAAAUGAAGAAAAAUGUUUUGGCGGCCACGCAGGCAUAGCCGUCCCUGAGCUGUUGAAGCUUUCCUGGCUAGCUAUUAAUGGAAGCUUCAAUACAAAUGCUCUAUCUCCAAAGACGACCUAUGAAGCCGCAUUCGUGGUUAAGCUCAGGGAAAUCUGCAACACGUGGCCGCUCCCCGUGAACUCCGAACUCUAUUUACCUGACGGAAAGCUGGUUAAUAGCGCGGAGAGUCUUGCGAAGAAGCCGAUAGAGAAAUGGAUCAAGCUUCGUGUUGGCAAGUUCGUGACGCACCCAAAGAACGUGGGGAAGAUAAGAUUUGUCCUCCACGAGAGAAGCCAGAUUUAUAAAUCAGGCCUCGUCCUCAGGGGCCUUCUUCUUCAUCCGAAGGAUUAAGCAUCAAGUGCCGGAUUGCACAGUGCCAGGACUUUGACGGCUAAGUUUGUUGAGUGAGUAAAGUUUACUAUAUGUAUCCACAUUUUAUUGAUUUA